AAGGGGGCAGGAGGUGCUGCUGCUCUGGCUGGCGAGGGCGGCCAGCAGCAGCAGCCCCCGAGCCCGGGACUGCCGCCGCCGCCGCCGCCGCCCUCUGCGCCGAGCGCUCCCUCUCCCGGCGGCCGAGCUCCGCUCCGGGUUUUGCGGCGCGCCGCGGCUGGUUGUCCUGGGGAGGCUGAGCUUCCCUCUCGCUCUCCCUCUCCUCCUGGUGUCUGGCUCGAAAGCAAACGCGGCGGCUGGGUCGCGGCGAGGCAUGUGGAGGUGGCUGCUGCUGCUGCCGCUGCCGAGGAGCUGCUGAGCGGCGGCGCCUGCGGGAGGAGCGCAGCCCUCCGUUGUUGCUGCUGCGCGCAGGCAGGCCGGGCGGCCGCCGCCGGCGGGCUGCUCCUUCUCCGAGCCGGGCCAUGCCGCCGCCGCCGCCCGUGGCUGUGCUGCUGCUGGCGCCCGCACUCCUGUCUGGCCCAGCGGCGGCGCUGCAGUGAAGCGGGGGCCUCCUUUUGUUCGCCAAGUGCAUCGCGCUCGCCUCUGGCCCCUGCCUGCUGCUCUGCCUUCUUCCUCCUCCUCCUCCUCCUCCUCCGUGGGCUUCGCGUGUGGCUUCCGCGCCGCCGCCGCCGCCGCCUGCCUUCCUCCUGCUCCUGAGAAGCGGCAGCCCAAGGUCCGCCGGGGUCAGCCGGGAACAGCUGCUGGGAUUGCGGGCAGGUUGCCUCGGCCCGCGGCCGCGCCAGGAGUCGGCCGCCGUGCGCCUUGCGGGGGGUUGAUGCCGAGCGGAAAGUCCAAGGCUGGCUGGGAGCCUUUUUAAAACGCUGGGGUUGUUGGAGUGGUCGAAUUUUCCCUGGAAUUGAGUGAGAAAUUCAGAAGACUGAAGCCCAGGCUGACUGUCUACCUUUCACGGAGGCCCAGCCGUGAGAGGACAGAAGAAGGCACGUGGCGAAUCAUGACCGGAGACAAAGAGAAGGAUAAAGAGAAAGAGAAGGACCGGGACCGGGACCGGGAGCGAGAGCGGGACAAGAGGGAGAAGGCGAGGGAGGGCGAGAACUCGCGGCCCCGUCGGAGCUGCACCCUGGAGGGCGGGGCCAAAAACUACGCCGAGAGCGACCACAGCGAGGAUGAGGACAACGACAACGCCAGCGCCACCACGGAGGAGUCCACCAAGAAGAACAAGAAGAAGCCCCCGAAGAAGAAGUCUCGCUACGAGAGGACAGACAGCGGGGAGAUCACGUCCUACAUCACCGAGGACGACGUCGUCUACCGGCCGGGAGAUUGUGUGUAUAUUGAGAGUCGCCGGCCGAACACCCCAUACUUCAUCUGUAGCAUUCAAGACUUCAAACUGAGCAAACGGGACCACCUUCUCAUGAAUGUCAAAUGGUAUUACCGCCAGUCUGAAGUCCCGGAUUCUGUCUACCAACACUUAGUCCAGGACCGGCACAACGAAAACGAUUCUGGGCGUGAGUUGGUUAUCACAGACCCAGUGAUCAAGAACCGAGAGCUUUUCAUUUCAGACUACGUGGACACCUAUCAUGCUGCUGCCCUUAGGGGGAAGUGUAAUAUCUCUCAUUUCUCUGACAUUUUUGCUGCUAGAGAGUUCAAAGCACGGGUGGAUUCCUUUUUCUACAUCCUGGGCUACAAUCCAGAGACGAGGAGGUUAAACAGCACACAGGGUGAAAUCCGGGUUGGCCCCAGCCAUCAGGCAAAGCUUCCAGAGCUGCAGCCCUUCUCUCCUGGAGACGGCGACACUGUGACGCAGCAUGAGGAGCUUGUGUGGAUGCCCGGAGUGAAUGACUGCGACCUCCUGAUGUACCUGAGGGCAGCACGGAGCAUGGCAGCUUUUGCAGGGAUGUGCGAUGGAGGGUCCACAGAAGAUGGUUGUGUGGCUGCCUCCCGGGACGACACGACACUCAACGCACUCAACACACUCCACGAAAGCAACUACGAUGCCGGCAAAGCCCUCCAGCGCCUGGUGAAGAAGCCCGUGCCGAAGCUCAUCGAGAAGUGCUGGACGGAAGAUGAAGUGAAACGCUUCAUUAAAGGCCUCAGACAGUAUGGAAAAAACUUCUUCAGAAUCCGAAAAGAGUUGCUUCCCAAUAAGGAGACGGGAGAACUGAUCACCUUCUAUUACUACUGGAAGAAAACCCCUGAAGCGGCCAGUUCCCGGGCGCACCGCAGACAUCGGAGGCAGGCGGUGUUUCGGAGGAUUAAAACCCGGACAGCUUCCACGCCGGUUAGCACCCCCUCCAGGCCCCCCUCCAGCGAAUUCUUGGAUCUCAGCUCCGCUAGCGAAGAUGAUUUCGACAGCGAGGACAGCGAGCAGGAGCUGAAGGGCUACGCCUGCCGCCACUGUUUCACGACCACCUCCAAGGACUGGCACCACGGUGGACGGGAGAACAUCUUGCUGUGCACCGACUGCCGCAUCCACUUCAAGAAGUACGGGGAGCUCCCGCCCAUUGAGAAGCCGGUAGACCCUCCCCCCUUUAUGUUUAAGCCUGUCAAAGAGGAAGAUGACGGACUCAGCGGGAAGCAUAGCAUGAGGACCCGGCGGAGUCGAGGCUCGCAGAUGUCUACGCUACGCAGUGGUCGCAAGAAGCAGCCCACCAGCCCGGACGGCAGAGCCUCGCCCAUCAACGAAGACAUCCGAUCCAGCGGCCGCAACUCGCCCAGCGCCGCCAGCACUUCGAGUAAUGACAGCAAGGCCGAUUCGGUGAAGAAGUCCACCAAAAAGAUCAAAGAAGAGGCGUCUUCUCCUCUCAAGAGUUCCAAGCGGCAGCGAGAAAAGGCGGCGUCUGACACAGAAGAGCCCGACAGAAUUAACGCCAAAAAAACCAAGACACAAGAGAUCAGCAGGCCCGACUCCCCUUCGGAGGGGGAGGGCGAAGGGGAGAGCUCCGACAGCCGCAGCGUGAACGACGAGGGCAGCAGCGACCCCAAGGACAUUGACCAGGACAACCGCAGCACCUCGCCCAGCAUCCCCAGCCCUCAGGACAAUGAGAGCGACUCGGACUCCUCCGCCCAGCAGCAAGUGCUGCAGACCCCCAACGGCCCUGCCCAGGCCCUGCCACCCUCCCUCCCUGGCUCGGCGCAGCUCCCUCUGCCGCCCGCCUCCAGUGCCCCCUCUGCCGCAGCCCCCCACGUCUCCCCGCCGGGGCCCCAGCCGCCCAGCCAGGCUCCGGCCCCUGUGCCCCCACACGCCCACAUCCAGCAAGCCCCUGCCCUGCACCCCCAGCGGCUCCCUUCGCCUCACCCGCCCCUCCAGCCUCUGGCGGUCUCCCCCGGCCAGCCCCAGGCCCCCGCCUCCCAGUCUCACCUGCAGCCGCCGCUCCACGGGCAGCUGCAGCCGCUCCCCCUCGGCCUGCAGGCCCAGCCGCUGCUGCCUCACCCACUCCCUGCCCAGCCGUUCCCCUCGUCCGCCUCGUCUCAGGUUCCGCUGCCCGCGCAGGCCACGGCCCACCCCCAUGUGGCACUUCAGGUCCCAGCCGCACAGCCGGCCCUGCAGGCCCCCUCUCCCCUGCAGCAGCUGCCUCAGCCCCCGCGAGAACAGCCCCUGCCCCCGGCCCCCCUGUCCAUGCCGCAUAUCAAGCCGCCCCCUACCACCCCGAUCCCGCAGCUCCCCACGCCGCCCUCCCACAAGCACCUUUCGGGGCCAUCUCCCUUCUCCAUGAACUCCAACCUUCCCCCACCGCCGGCCCUGAAGCCGCUCAGCUCCCUCUCCACGCACCACCCGCCCUCUGCGCACCCUCCGCCCCUGCAGCUGAUGCCCCAGAGCCAGCCGCUCCAGCCUUCUCCAGCGCAGCCCCCUGUCCUGACCCAGAGCCAGAGCCUGCCUCCCUCCGCCAGCCAUCCGCCUUCCAGUCUCCACCAGAUACCUCCCCAGCCCCCUUUCUCCCAGCACCCCUUUGUCCCCGGAGGGGGCCCACCCUGCAUCACUCCUCCUUCCUGCCCCUCCACGUCCACGCCACCUUCCGUGCCUGGUGCCCCACCACAGGCGGCAGGCUCCACGUCGGCAGCCUCCAGCGGGAGCGUCCCCGUGGUGACAUCCUGCCCGAUACCGCCAAUACAGAUCAAAGAGGAGGCUCCGGACGAGGCUGAGGAGCCGGAAAGCCCGCCUCCCCCGCCUAGAAGCCCUUCGCCAGAACCGACAGUGGUGGACACGCCGAGCCACGCCAGCCAGUCGGCAAGGUUUUACAAGCACCUGGACCGUGGCUACAACUCCUGCGCAAGGACGGAUCUGUACUUCAUGCCGCUGGCGGGUUCCAAGCUGGCCAAGAAGCGAGAGGAAGCCCUCGAGAAAGCCAAGAGGGAGGCAGAGCAGAAGGCAAGAGAAGAGAGGGAACGGGAGAAGGAAAAGGAAAAGGAGAGGGAGAGAGAGCGUGAGCGUGAGAGAGAAGCAGAAAGAGCGGCGCAGAAGGCGUCCAGUUCCUCCCACGAAGGGCGCCUCGGAGAAUCCCAGCUGACUGGGCCGGCUCACAUGAGGCCUUCGUUCGAGCCGCCUCCCACCACCAUUGCCGCUGUGCCCCCAUACAUCGGGCCGGACACGCCGGCACUCCGGACUCUCAGCGAGUACGCGCGCCCCCACGUCAUGUCCCCCACCAACCGCAACCACCCCUUCUUCGUCCCCCUCAACCCCGCCGACCCGCUUCUGGCCUACCACAUGCCUGGCCUCUACAACGUGGACCCCACCAUCCGGGAGCGGGAGCUGCGGGAGCGGGAGCUGCGGGAGCGGGAGAUCCGGGAGCGGGAGUUGCGGGAGAGGAUGAAGCCGGGCUUCGAGGUCAAGCCCCCGGAGCUCGACGCCCUGCACCCGGCCACCAAUCCCAUGGAGCACUUUGCCCGCCAUGGCGCCCUCACCAUCCCCCCCACGGCGGGCCCGCACCCCUUUGCUUCCUUCCACCCGGGGUUGAAUCCCCUGGAGCGGGAGAGACUGGCUCUGGCAGGCCCCCAGUUGCGGCCUGAUAUGAGCUACCCAGACAGACUGGCGGCCGAGAGGAUACACGCCGAGCGGAUGGCCUCGCUCACCAACGACCCCUUGGCCAGGCUCCAGAUGUUCAACGUGACCCCACAUCACCACCAACAUUCACACAUACACUCGCAUCUACACCUCCAUCAACAGGACCCGUUGCAUCAAGUCUGGUUAAUGAUGUCAGGAUUGUCCAGCGCCUUGCAGACGCCAAUUCCAGCACGAAAAUGGAGUUGGCCACUUCAGAGUGCUGCUAACCCGAUCGAUUCCUGCCUCCUUGAUGGUCCUGCAUGUUGGAACAGGACCUCUCAAAAGACAAGAGGCUCAGCAGGACCUGUUCAUCCCCUCGUGGAUCCCUUGGCAGCUGGACCCCACUUGGCCCGCUUCCCCUACCCUCCCGGUACUAUCCCAAACCCGUUGCUAGGGCAGCCGCCCCACGAGCAUGAAAUGCUUCGGCACCCGGUCUUUGGCACCCCCUAUCCACGCGACCUGCCUGGCACUCUCCCUCCUCCGAUGUCGGCAGCCCACCAGUUGCAGGCCAUGCACGCUCAGUCGGCAGAGCUCCAGAGACUAGCGAUGGAACAACAGUGGCUUCACGGGCACCCUCACAUGCACGGGGGCCACCUUCCCAGCCAAGAAGACUAUUACAGCCGACUGAAGAAAGAAGGUGACAAGCAGUUGUAAUAAAUUAUUUAUUUGUGACGCUGACUACAGAAGAGCCUGAUCCUUUGGAGGCAAUGGAAUGUGUUUACGUGCAGACGCAAGAACUGCAAAAAGCAAGAGAAUAAUCUUCUAAAGAUACCUUUUCUCUAUUUAAAGUGGGGGGGAAAUAAGCAAGCCCAAACACUCGAGACUUUAAUCAGCGCAUAUAUUCUAGUGUUCAUUUGUAGAGAGGAUUUCUCAAGAUCAGUUCGGGAGACUCCUUGCAUGACAAAACCUGUUUAAGAAGCCUAUUUGAGAGAGAGAGAGAAAUAACACAGGACUCGAAAUAUUCAGAGAAUUUCCCUGGGCAAUCUUGGGGGGUUUUUUGGUUGGUUUUUUGGGUUAAUUUUAUUUUCGUUUUGAGUAGGUGCUAGAAUCAGGUUCACAACGUAAUGCAAGCCACUGUGCAUAAAAAGAUACACUCAAUUUAUAUAUAUAUAUACUUUAAAGGAAAAAAUAAACCAAGAAUUGCAAGUAGGCGGCAUAACAACCUCUGAAAAUCCAAGUGCUAUAACAAGAAUUUUAAAUGAAAAUCUACUUUUAUUUUAAUACAUUGUAGGAAAACUUCAUAAUUUUAAAGAGAGCUUUGCAGCAUGGCUUUUUAAGUCUGUAAAUAAUUUUUUCGGGUUAGGGGUUAAAAAAACUAUUAUAAUCUCCACAAAGUCCUGAUUUUGUUUGUUUGUUUGUUUGUUUGUUUGUUUGUUUGUUUUACCUUUCUUUGGUUUUCCUUCAGUAGCAUCACAAAAUCAUUACUUCUUACCUGGUAAUGACAAAAAUACAGAGUUGAUUUUUUAAUAUAAGAGGAAUAUAUAUAAUUAUCCCUUUAAUUAAAGGGAGACAACGGUGGGUGGGAAGGGGAAGGGGUCAGUAAUUUCAAAAUGGAUAAAAGCUUGACUUCAUGGUUUGGUAGCAACAUAAGCAUUAAAGGGAGUUGCAGGGAUAAUGUUAACAAAAUGACUGUUUUCUUUCAUGGUGUGUUUCCCCCCCUUUUCUUUAAAUCUUAAUUCCUCUGUUCCAUGAACAUCAUGAUUGCUUUCAACUCUGGAGGUUGUUUGUCAUAAAUUCAGUUUCUCAGCAGGGAUACACAGUCCGCUCCUGCAUUGGGGCUAGGUGACUGAAAGCGGAAUCAAUGCCUGUGGGCAUCUUCAGAGCACUCUUCGAGUGUAAAGCAAAUGGAGUUGGCACUGGUAGUGCCUUUAAAGCAGGGGGUGCUCAGCCUUGGGCCCCUUGCUGAUGCUGGACUACGACUCCCAUCAUUCCCCAGCCACAGUGGCCCAAAGGCCCUUGGGAGUUGUAGUCCAAGAGCAUCUAGAGACCCAAGGUUGAGAGCUCCUGCAUUAAAGGAAUGGGCUGUGCUGAUUGUCGGGCACCCCGAGUAUCACUCCUCUUUGUUCAUUAACGUGGUGUACAUUUUUAGAUUAAUCUCCUAAAUGCAUAUCCAUCCCUCCUUCCACAGUUUUUCUUUUUAAAUAAUAAUCUGGCUAAGUUUCCUUCAGCCUUCUAGAGGUCUGGCCACAAAUCCUGCUGGAAGCUGUUCAAGGAGAGGUUUCUCCAUUCUCUUCAGCACUGGGAUAUGCUCCAUGCUCAACUAAUGUGCACAUGAAGCAGUCCCCUACAUCUGGAGAGAAUGGGCCGCCCAACAUCUGGAGAGAAUGGGGCAUCACCUGUGUACUUGAAUCACCACCCACCCACCCCCAGCGUGGCAAAAGAGCUGCUGAACUUGGUUAACUUGCAUAUUAAACAGAAAAGAUGGUUCUUUCCCCCAGAAUCCACAGCAGCAGAGUCAACUGGGUUUCCUCCAGCUCCUCAUCAGGAGCACUCCAGUAGGUCAGAGUGGAGUUUUAACUGCAUUUGCAGCUCAUAACUUGCCUGCCUUCUGCAACCCAGAAGGAGUCGCCCCUCUCGGUUAGGUUGGUCAGUGCUCUCCAGUUCAAAGGCAGAGCCAUUUUAAAAGCUAUGAAUCAGUGUGCAUUUUCUGUAAGCCGCUUCUGAUGUCUUACACACAAGCACGCAGCAACUGUACGAAUCCCAUUUCUCCCUCUUCCCCCCCAACUGUUACUUUAGACACGGUUUUUUAACAAGGUGAAUGGCGCAAGGAUCUAUAGAAGCGUGUGAUGUCCGUGUUGCCAGUUACAUUUUUCCGUUGCAUUCAUUGUCAAGUGUUCCAUUUUUUGUUCCAUUCUGGUUUUCUCUUUCAGAGGGCUGUAUCUUUUGCUGUGAAGACUGUUAAUCCGUGGUGGUCCUUCUGUCGGACUCCAGUGGGUCACAUCAGAUAACCCUGUAGCUAAUCGUUUUUGGCCUCCAAAGACAUGUGGGGUUUUAAACCUGCCUAACAGAAUUCUGAGCUCUUUCUAUGUGGGACCGGGGAAAGAGGCUUUCUUGGUUGGUAUCCCUCUUCCCUGGUUCCCUCUCCUCAGCCUCUCAAGUUAGCAUUUAAGCUUUACCACAUGAAGCUGGCCUUUCUUUUUUCAAACAGAGAGCCGUUAUUAGGGUCAUGUUCACACAGCAUCGAGUGCUCACCUGUCCCAGACAUACAGUGGCUUAAACCUGUGCUAGUCCCUGCCAGUCCCCUGUACAGAGGAUGGAGACGAGUCCAGGAUACGUGCAAGCAGGAUUAGUACUUUGCUUAUCGUGGGACACUUCCUGCACCAUUGAGAACUGAAACCUUGAGUUCAGGAGAAAGCAAAAACAUAACUCAAGGUCGUUUGGGACCAGAUACCCUUAAAAACAAGACAUUUGAGUACCACAAAAAGAACUUAAAUCUUAAGCUCUCAUGACUUCCCCCCACAAAGAAACCUGGGAAUGGUACCUUUGUGAGGGUGACAAGAAUCCUCCUUGGAGGUCUCUAGCCCCCUUCCAGUUUCUGCAUUUCUUUGGGGGAGAUAGGUUUUUUUUGGUGGGGGGAUAGUUCAGCAUGGCUGGUGAAGACACAUCUUUGGUCAAAGGUACCCAUUGAUUCCAUCCCCACCCUGUUGACAUGUAGUGCUCUUUGGCUCCUCUUUAGAAACUGUUCAGGUAUUUGGGUUUUUUAAUGUUAGGUUAGUAUUCUGAAUCAUUCCAGGUUGGCAGAGAAGCCUAGAGGAGUCUCUUGCUUCUUGGGUCUAAUGAUUAACUACAGUGUUAUUUGCUCCCGGCCUCUUAAGACCAUCAUGCUCAUGUUCGAAUCACCCAGACCCUUUUCAAUGUUUACCUUUUCAGAAUUCCUUCCAAAAAUUUUUCUUCUUCUUUGAACUUUGACAAUUCAUUUAAAAAAAUUUUUUUUUGCUUUCUGUGGGUUUCUUUCCUCCUUCCAGCCGUCUCUUGUUCAUUGUUGUCCAUGGUUUGAGCUAGUUUCACUGCACCGUUUAAAACGCAGAAUUCUGACAGCUGCAUUUAUAUAUAUAUCUUGAGGCUUAGUGUAUAUAUGAGUAGUUUGCCAUGGGGUAACACAGUGUAAAACAGAGUAGAAAACCCAGAAAUCGUGACUUCUGUGUUCUCUCCAUUUGAGUAUUUUGUAAUUUUUUUGAAAUAUUUGUGGACAUAAAUAAAAACCAAGCUACACUACG